AAAAAUUGAAUACAUGCAUGGCAUAAAGGUACAAAAAGAUCUGGGGUAAAUCAAUAAUUUACACUAUACAGUUUCUAUGCUUUCAACGAUUAUUUCAAAUUACCCGACUAUGCUACAACAUUAUCGACCUACACAUUUAAUUCUAGGUUUAGUACCGGAACUCUAAAUCAGAAAAAAGUGAACCCUUGAGGGUAAAACCUAGUAAUAACGCUGAGCUUAUCUUAUACUUAUUAAUUAUCAACCGAUUCAUUUGUUGGGCUCUUCUCUGUUACAACAGAGUUCACUUUCGAAACUACGUUUAAACGCAAAGGCGCGUACAUGGUACGUGCACUGCAUUGUGGGUAUGGUAGAGGUAAUUCAAGAUGGCAGCUGCGGCUGUAUAAAGUGGCGAUCUCUGAGAAAACGAUGGAAUAAUAAUUGUGUCUCUACUUUUCAUAACUGACUCUUUAGAGACGCAGGUUGAAUCUUUGGAUUGUAGUGUAAUUGGACUAUAAUCGUUAUCAGAAUACACGCCUAAUCAUGGGCGAUAAGAGACACGGUCUUUCGAAAGAAGAGAUUGCAAAGCAAUUUAUGUUACCAGAAAGGAAGAGUAAAAUUGCAACGUUACUAAAGCAAGAUGGUCAAGCUUAUUGCAUUUGUCGUAGCUCGGAUAGCUCCCGUUUCAUGAUUGGAUGUGACGCUUGCGAGGAAUGGUACCAUGGUGAUUGUAUCAAUAUUACAGAAAAAGAAGCGAAACAUAUCAAGCAGUUUUUCUGUGUUCGCUGCCGGGAAGAGGACUCGACACUUAUAACACGUUAUAAACCCCGUAGAUCUGAACAAGAUGAUCAUAAAUACAAAAAGUAUAAAGAGAAAGAAAGGGCUAUUCGAUACGAAUACGACGCUCCUUGGGAUCCUACUAUUGUGAAGAAAUCUUCAAAACGUUGUGGCGAAUGUUCGGGCUGUCUACGCUCAGAAAACUGCGGCAAAUGUGAUGCUUGUAGACACUUGAAAAAAUUUGGUCCUUCUAUCAGGUUGAAGUUGAGAUGUAUCCAAAGAACGUGCAGAGUACUCGGUGCACCACCCAAACCCUUGAAAGGAUAUAAUAAAGGUUCAAAACCAGGUAGAAAAAGGAGAAGGGACUCCAGCAACGAAAGAGCUGAGCAUUUGGAUCAGCCACGGCAAUGUUACGGUCCCGCAUGCACAAAACAAUCUCGACCCGGUAGCAAGUAUUGUUCAGAUGAGUGCGGAAUGAAAUUGGCUACGAAUAGAAUAUACCAGGUACUACCGCAGAGAAUUCAAGAAUGGUCAUUAACAUCCUGUGUUGCUGAACAAAAUAAUAGGCGAGCAUUAGAGACGGUUAGGAAACAGCAAAAUGAUGUUAGAAGGAUCCUGCAAGAAUUGGACAAGCGACAUUCGGAACUUGAUCGUAUUUUGGAAAGGGCUAAACAAGCUACUAUUGAUCCAAAAACUGAAGUUGACGAUUUGGAUGAUACGGAAAUGAGCAUGUACUGUAUUACAUGUGGACACGAAAUCCAUUCUCGCACUGCCAUUAAACAUAUGGAAAAAUGUUUUAACAAGUAUGAAUCUCAAGCAUCAUUCGGAUCGAUGUUCAAAACACGUAUUGAGGGUCAAGUGAUGUUUUGCGACUUUUACAAUCCUAUCAAUCGAACAUAUUGCAAACGAUUGCGGGUCUUAUGUCCCGAACACUGCAAGGACCCGAAAAUAAGCGAAACUGACGUAUGUGGUUGCCCAUUAGUCACAAAUGUGUUCGACACUACUGGUGAAUUUUGUCGUGCACCAAAAAAGAGUUGCCUCAAGCACUAUGUAUGGGAGAAACUGAGACGUGCUGAAAUAGACAUGGAACGAGUGAGAGAGUGGUUGAAAAUAGACGAAUUGGUGGAGCAAGAGAGACAAAUCCGUUCGAACAUGGCUACGCGAGCUGGUGUCUUGGCCCUGAUGCUGCAUUCAACAUACAAUCAUGAGUUAAUGGAACAAAUGACGCAAGAACAAAGUAGGGAACAGAUUGAGGCAAUGGAGGAAGAGUUACAACGCAGAUAUAAUACCCAAUUCCAGAAACAGCAGACUAAAAAUUGAACAACUCUUAACUAUAAUCGAAUGGAAUGUAAAAAACUUUGUGAACCAACGAUAAGUUGUGUGGUUCCAUUAUAUAAUUUUCAGAUUGUUAUACAUAAAUGACUAAACAACAAA